AGCUUGUGUCAAAGUGUUGCUGCCUCUUGUCACAGAGAGAACGGUUCACUUAAAUGCAGCUGCAGUAGUUCUGUGUGAUACCUGUCACAGCCAUUCCCAGAGCGAGGUUGGGUGUGUGACCAUGAUGUCAAGAUUUGUCUGUCUUCUUUUCUGUGGAUAUAUUGCACUAAACCUGGGAAAUACUCAGAAAUUGCCAAGAGUGAAAAGGCAGAGUCUGAAGGUUCAGAUCAAUGCAACAGAUGACACUGUUUGCAUGAGGUAUCUUCGACCAAGCCAAAGCACCAAGCUAGAAGGUUUUGUCCUGGGUUAUGGAAGCAACCUCUUUUCUAAUCAGUACAUUCCUUUACCUGCAGAAGGAAAAAACUACUUAACAGAACUUGAUGCAGAGCCACGGUAUUUGGUUUCAGUAAGACCAGCACGUGUUUCAAAUAACAAGAAGUCUUGUUCAGGUCGGAACAAGACACAAAAGCCUCUGCAGCUGGUGGUUGGCACUCUCAGCCCAACCUCUGUGUUUCUCUCUUGGGGCAUCCUAGUCAACCCUCAACAUGACUGGACAGCAACAAGUAACUGUGCUAGUGACAGGUUCUAUACAGUUCGCUACAGAGAAAAAGGUAAAGACAAGAAAUGGGUUUUUCAGCUCUGCCCAGCUACAGAGACAGUGAUUGACAAUCUGAAGCCAAACACACCGUAUGAAUUUGGAGUUAAAGACAAUGCAGAGGAUAGUAUUUGGAGCAAGACUUUGAAUCAUAAGACAAUUCUCUCUAGUAAAAAAGUAAAUGGGCAACUCCAGAAUAUGUACAAGUUGGUACCCAAUUCCCAAACACAGAUUAUACUGAGUGAUAAUAAGAAGUUGGUCCCUGUCACAAUAAUCAAACAAAUUAUUCAAAAUCGGACACAGGCAAAAGCACCAGAUAGUUCUUCUCUCCCAGGAGCAAUAUUAGUGCACCUUAUUGUUCCAGGUCUCAAUGAAAGUCAGCAGAAGCUUCCUCCUCUCCUGACAAUAGAUGACAUACCUCAAGCAUCCAGGAAAAAACUGGCUAAGAAUGAAACUGGAGUAUGGCCUGCUGAAUCCAAAACACCAGAAGUUCAAGAAAUCUCCCCACAGUCCCUUCCAGCUCAAGCUGAGAAAACACAUGGACCUGAAGAUUUUAAGUCAACACCUAAACCCAAAUUGGUGCAAACUCAAAACAUACCGGCUUCUAAUGAAAUACAGCUACUUCCUUCUGGAUCCAGAAUCCCUGAUGCUCCAAAAAGUCCAUUGACAGAACUUGCUACUCAGAGUCCAACCUUGAAAUCCGUAUUUCUACCUUCUGCAGAAACGAGAGAGAUGGAAAUGGCUUUUGAGGAAAAACAGACUGUAUCUUCAGGAUCCAAACCAUCUGGUACCAUGGAAGUGCAACCAACCCGAUCCGCCUCACGUGACUUUCUUCAUGUUACUUCCACUCCCCAAACUUCUACAUCUACAAAAAUGUCAGAGCAAGAGACUGCUACCCAGGGAUCAGGCCUGAAAAUCACUUCUCCUCCCACCAUGGAAACCAGCGGGAGCGUGAUGGCUUUUGAUGAAAAUCAGCACAUUUCUUCAAGAUCUGAAACGUCUGGCAUCCAAGAAAUGCCAUCAGCUGUACCUGUUACAAGUGCAGCUGACCUGGAAAAAUCUAUGCCUCCACUUUCCAGAACACCUCAUGUGCUAACAACAGCUGAGGUUUUCAGUGGUAUUCAGCCUGUUCUUCCAAGUCCUGUGGCGCCUAGUAAGCCUGAAAUAGCAGAAGCUGGACCAGCAGCAGCAAGUGAAUCCAUUCUGGAAUCUUUCACACCUAAAACUUCCCGUCCUUUUCAAUGGCCAAGGGUAACAUUAGCUCCAAAAGAAAUACCACUUAUCCCUUCUAAAGCGAAACCAUCUGCUACCCCAGAAGUACAACAUGUGAAACCUGCCCCUAAACCACCACUUUUGGAGCCUAAAACUUCUCAGACUGUUGAACAACCAAAAUCAACCCUAGUGGAAAGCACAAACUUACAAUCCAGUAUAUUUCUUUCAGCUACUAAAGAAGCAAAACUCACUACUUCUGCAUCUAAGCCUAGACCAUCUGCCAGACCACAAAAGCCACGAACUAAACCUGCAGCAACCAUCCCAGUGUCAGUCACUACUAGGAGUCCCUACACAUAUGAACGUCCAAAGACUGCAGAGGUCUUGGAACCUAUUACACUUAGAAUUGAACCACCAAGGUCACCAAUAGCUCCAAAGGAGACUCAACGUGUUCCUUCUAAACCUAAAACUCCACCCAAACCUCACAUCCCACAAGCCAAAGAUGUCCUGGAAUCUAUGACACUUAGACCUGAUCAACUAAAACCAACAAUAGUUCCUAGAGAACCACAGCAUGUUCCUUUCAAACCUAGAACAUCACUAAGCCCAGAGGUGCCACGAACAAAACCUGCUUCAAAAGAUACAUAUCACAGGCCUUCCAAACCUAAAACAUCACCCAGUCCACGUGUUCCUCCAACUAGAGCAAGUCAAAAAGAAAGUCGACGAGUCCCUUCCAAGCCCAGGGCAUCACCAAGUCCAGAUGUACCACACACAAAACCUGCUCUUAAAGAACCACAACGUAUUCCUUUUAAACCAAGAGCAACUCCCAUCCCAGAUGCCCCAUACAGGAAGUCUGAGAUUCUUCCAACCUUUGAUGAACGAGAUACUACUAUGAUUCCUCAUAUUCCUGAAAGAACAAAGGCAACAUUUGCUCCAACUGAAAAACAGUUCAUUCAUACCAAACGAAAAACAACUGAAAGACCAAGAGUGCCAUACACCAAACCUGCAAUACAUCCGACAACUCCACAACCAAUUAUUACAAAAUCUUCUACUACCACUGGUCUUUCAAGGGCAACAAUGGCUCCAAAAGAAACACUGCUCAUUCCUUCCAAACCAAAAACAUCUGUUGGGCCAGAAGUACCACAAACUAAACCUGCUCCAAGGGCAACACACCUGGGAUCAAUUAACCUUGUAACAGUUCAUGUUGUUGAUGGGUCCAAAAUACCUUUGGUUCCCAAUGAAACAUACCACAUUUCACCCAGGCCCAAAAUUGGUCAAGCAACUGAAAUUCCUUGGUUCGAUACAGCACCUUACAAAACUCGUCUCACUUCUGCAAGACCAAAGCCAUCGGAUAAAUCACAGACCAGACCUGCUUUUAGUAGAACCACACUAGCACCAGCCAGAACAAAAGCACCUGGACUGCCAAAGUGGAUUGUGCCAACAACAGAUUAUCUUUAUACACCUGAGGCUACUGCCAGGCCAAUUGACAUGGGUGUCAAAAGACCUCCAGAAUAUGUUGACACCUGGCAAAAGCCAAUUUCUGUGACUACACCACCUGGCCCUCAGCACCCUCCUAUACCUCCUGCCAGACCUACACAAAUGAGAAGAAAACCUCUGCCUCCUAACACCGUGACUGGUAAACCAGGGAGUCCAGCUAAGCCUGCUGGACCAACAUCACCUGUGAGGACAGGAACAUUACAUAAGACACCAACAGCUUUUGCAACUCCAGAGUACUAUGUUGAUGCAACUGUCUUCAGCUCAAGUCCUACAUCAGAAACAGAUUCUUCAGGAAAACCAAGGUACCAAGCCCCCCAUGUCAAGUAUAUGAAGAAAGAUGAUGAUGUGCCUUGCUCCAUCACAAGCUCUCUGGAACAUUUUCCACAAGAAGAAGUUGGCAGCAAGGAAGAACCCACUCGUCCUCCACAAAAUCCUCCAACCAACCUCACAGUGGUGACUGUAGAGGGCUGUCCAUCCUUUGUCAUACUGGAUUGGGAAAAACCAGACAAUGACACCGUUACUGAGUAUGAGGUUGUGUCAACUGAAAAUGGAGGAACUGAUGGUGAAAAGGAGAAAUCAAUUAUCACUACAAAUCAAACCCAUUCUACUGUGGAAAACCUAAAACCUGACACAAGUUAUGAAUUCCACGUGAAACCUAGGAACCCCCUUGGUGAAGGCCCAAGUAGCAACGUUGUGGCAUUCAGUACUGAAUCAGCGGACCCAAGAGUGAGUGAGCCAAUUUCAAUGGGGAAAGAUGCCAUCUGGACUGAAAUCCCAUUCAAUUCAGACACAUAUUCAGAAUGCAAAGGCAAACAAUAUGUAAAGAGGACUUGGUAUAAGAAGUUUGUAGGUGUGCAGCUAUGCAAUUCCUUGAGAUACAAGAUAUACCUCAGUGAUUCACUUACAGGAAAAUUUUAUAACAUAGGAGACCAGAGGGGCCAUGGAGAAGAUCACUGCCAAUUUGUAGACUCAUUCUUAGAUGGAAGGACGGGACAGCAAGAAGAUCUACCAGUCAAAGAUGGGUUUUUCAGGGCAGUUCGUCAGGAACCUGUCAAAUUCGGGAAGAUAGGCGGGGAGACUCAGAUUAACUACGUCCGCUGGUACGAGUGCGGCACGUCCAUACCUGGCAAGUGGUAGAUGGCGCGUGAGGCCGGUGCAGAGGCCCAGCCCGUGCCCAGCACAGGCUGCAGGAAGGCAACGCUUACGGUGCGCCCGGCACUCCGGUGCGAGGCUUAUACAACUCUCAUGCCAAUACUGCGUUAAUUGUGUAAUAGUGUAGGCUGCUUACUGUAGUUAUCCAGUGUUACAGAUCUGUUUUUAGAAUUUAAAAAGGAACACAGGCUAGGGACAUGUUGUAGGAUAAUGUAUAGGGAAGCUGGCUCCCUAUUCUUGAGGUAUGGUUUAUAUGGUAUUUUAAAAGAUACAGUGUGUAUAUUAUUUAUCACGAUGUUGUAAUAAAUGUUUAAGGCACAGAUAUGCCAGGGUUGGUCGUGGAAUGCAAUGUUCGUUAGUUUUUAAAUAUUCACUGGUCCUGUAAUGCAAGUGCCAUAAGCUACCCAUCCUAAUCCAUCUGUAACAUCUCCCAGUCAUAAAUUAUAGAAAAGAUCCUAUAAUUUUUAAUAUCCUGCAGCCAGUAAACUUGAAGCACUUUCUCCUUACAUGUAUGAACAGUUUAUGCUCCUGCCGAAACGCUGAGGUAGGUUGCUGUAUGUGCAGCUUUAAAUGAUCAAGUUCAGUGGGGUUUUCUUCCAUGUUUGUUUUCAGAUGUUUCAGCCCCAGCCAAAGCCAUGUUUAGCCUGUCACUGUGGAGUCAGAGCCACUGCCUGUGAGCCUGGCGGUGGCUGGCAGGGAGGGUUGGUGUUCUUUAAUUGAAGUGGACAGGUACAUAUGUACAUGGAAUGAAAAAACAAAGCCAGCCUCCACAGCUGGGGUUUUUCAGGAAAAUGUAGUUUUCAGAGCCUGACACUUACUGGUUCAAAAGCCAAUUGUAUGUACCAUGCAAGGGGACUUGGAAAGAAAAAUGAAAGAGGAAAAAGAAUAAACCAGCUAUAACAGCAUGAUCAGGUUUAUUUUAUUUUAAAAUUCUGGUUUAAAACAUUUGUCAUUGGGGACAAAGGGCAAAUACUGAUAACUGAACUUUUAACACUGCUUUACAGUUAUUUUGAUUAAAACCUCUCCCAAAGCUACUUGUUGUACUGCUUGAACAUUUAUGAACUAAAUAAAGAGAUGUAGGUUUUUUUAAAGGUGUUAUUCAUUAUCUUACUAAUGUAUUGAAGAAAUAUGAACAGGAACACCCAGAUCUAUAGAGCAGUCAUUUAUAGAAAAUACCUUAUAAAGUACAUUGCAGGUACACUGUACUCCUAAUAAAAUAUUUUUUAAUCAAGUGCUUUUUUCAAGUGUUUUAUAUGAAAAGAGGGGUUAGUUUCUGUGGUAAAUGAUGUUAUUCAGAACAAACUGCUUGCUGGAAACAAGCCCCUGUUAAAUGGUGUGAUGAACACAGGAUGUGUUAGGUCCGAGAGCACAAAUGGGAGGAGCUUACUAGCAGGAGUGGGCACAGCACUAUUUAAGAAUGCCAAAGGUAGAAAUAUUUUCACUCAACAUCUUAAUUUGUCUUUAGGAGAGUCCAAGCAGCUUGCUCCAGUUCAUUUUUUUAUUCCCCACUUAAGUUUUACAUAUUCCUAGAAUCUGCAAAAUGGAAAAUAUUAAAUCGGAGGGUGUUUUGUCAUCUGCUGUAAUAUGGUCUACUGACUUCAUUGCAGCCCUUGAUCUGCUUUUUCUUGGCUCAAAAUUGAGUCACUAGCAUUGCACGCCCAAGUUCUUCUGGGUGGCAAAGAACUUGUGGAAAGUAGGGGGUUCUUUAAGAGUUCUUUUUUAAAAAUACACAUUUGGUUUAAAUUUUCAAGUAUAAUAUUAAUUCUCUCCCAUGCCUUGUUAAAGCAAAAUUGAUAAGAGGCUUUAAGAUGCUAUGGAUUGGUUACUAACUAUUUGGUAAAAGGGUCAUUUGACAAUCAAUGACAGCAGACAGCACACAACCACCCCCUGCUGCAAAACCUCUACGAAAGGCAUCUGCAGUCCCACCACUUCUCCAUUUACACACCUAGAAAUCUGCCUCUCCUCCUACAAACCCCAGCACUGCUGCUCUUUACCACGAAGUCUUUGCACCCAGCAUGCACACUGGUCUUUAGCACAGCUGUCUUGCUUAGUAUUACCUAACUUCUAAAAUCAAGAUCAAGCAUUUAAUAGAUUCAGGGUUUUUAUUAGUUUUUCCAUGUGAACAUUACAAUUUAUGAUACAUCAUAUCUAGUUUGACCUCCAGAAUGAAUCUAAUUUAGUACAUCAUGGUAUUAGUAAAAAUAAGCCUGAUAAGUGGGCUAAACUUCCAACUAGUAUCUUCAUAUCCUUCAGACAAGGCAAGCUAGAAUGUCAAUCACUUUACAGACAUUUAAGUAGUGUUUUCCAAAAACCACCCAGCCCCAAAUUAAACUAGGAAGCGAAUACAAUUUAAAGCAGGAAAGAUUUGGUCAUUUCCCUCCCCCCAGCAGAAUUUAAUUAACAGCUAUAGUUUUGCCUCAUUACAGUUUUGGAAUCUCAGUUUAAAAUCCUGGAGUCUGUCGGGAUGGAAUCGCACGCGUCAGCCGCUGUCCUCAGGGGCAGCUCCCUAGCGGUAGCCGGGCCCGGGCUGGGUGUAGCC